AUGAAAAAACUAAUAGUGCAAUCCACAUAUACUGUAACACUGUUCCACUACGACGGCCACACGACGGAGUGGGACGAGGAGUUCCAGUGGUCCAAGGAGACCGUCCACUUCAGCGCCAGGAAGCAGACCAAAUGGUGGUUCGCCAAGAGGUUCCUUCACCCGAGCAUCAUGGCGCCGUACGACUACGUGUUCCUGUGGGACGAGGACCUCGGCGUCGACAACUUCACCGCCGAAGCGUACAUCAACAUCGUGAAGAAGCACGGGCUGGAGAUCUCGCAGCCGGGGCUGGGCGCCACCAAGGGGCACAAGGCGUACGACGUCUCCGUCAAGAGAAACUCCGGUGACAUGCACAAGACUGCAGGGGGGAAGCAGUGCCCCGACGUGCACCAGCGGCCGUGCAGCGGGUUCGUGGAGGUGAUGGCGCCAGUCUUCUCCAGGGAUGCUUGGAGAUGCGUGUGGCAUAUGAUCCAGGUUAAUUUUGAGAACAGAGCGUAG